GAAGGUUCUCCUGGGCUCUAGGUCAGGAAUUGGCUCUGGCAUGACCAAAAUUCACUCAACGGACAGCCCUGGAGCUGAUCGUGGGCACUGGAAGUGCCACCCCAUCGUUGAAGACAUUGCUGCAGCAGCGGAACUCCCCGCCACCGCAACAUGGCCUAGCUCUCAAGCCCUGCCAUUCCAGUCAGAAGCUCACAGCGACGGCAGGCCAAGGGCUGAGGUAAGUCAGUGGUUUCCCUUCCCUCAUUUUGGCCUGCUUUUCCACCUCGCCUCUGCUCCUGGCAGAGGCUGUUUGGGCUGAGGCAAGGGAGAUGCGCUAGGCUGUGGCCUGGGUGGGUGGUUACGCAGAAGAUGAGGGGGCACCCCACUUCCUCGGGGGGUGGCUUGAGUCCUGCCUUCCUCUGAAGCUGAGAAGGAUGUUGUGAUGUGAGCCUACAUUGCCAAUUUUGCACUGGAGGGGAGCGCUUUGGGGUCCGUUGUUGGGGUACCACCUUUUCCCAUAGUGGGGGGUUUGGCUGCUCAAGGUGGCCGCAGGUUGAGGUGCGAUUAAAGCUGGUCCAUUUUGACCUGAGCUCGGCGCCUUCCAUCAAUCAGCACCUCUGAAAACAUAAUCCUGGACUCUGGGAUCCAGCAGCCACAUGUGGUUUCCCCCUGCCAACCUGCGCCUGCCUGUGACUCACAAGAAGGUCCUGAAGCAGCCACCUUGCGGAGCCUGCAGGAUCAGGCCAAAGGGGGCCCGUCUAACCCAGCCUCCGCUUCUCAAGGUGGGUUUGGGGGGGCCGGCCCUGAUCCUGCCCCUCUGCCUGCCUGUAGCAGGGCCUGUUUGCUGCCUCUGCAUCCACUGAGGAUGGAAGCAAAUGUCCAGAAGGCCUCCUCUGCCCCCCACAGCCUCUCCUCCCAGCCCAUCCUUCAUCUCAGGCCCCCAUGGGACCCUGCCUGGAGCGGCCCCUCCUGCCCCCUCAAUCCCCCCCCUCCAGAGCUAUCAACACUUUCCUCUCCUCCCUUGAGAGCUAUUCAGAUGCUCUUUGAGAGAUGCCAAUAAACUCUUUGGUGUGAAAGUAAAAUUGCUGUCCCUUUCUCUCCCCCCCCCCCCCAAUCUUUAGUUGCCACUAAUGGGAUGGCUGCUCUUCUGAAUGCUGCUGUGGGUCCCCCCUCCCCCCUCAGAACUUUAAGGACUCUCAGAUAUAUAUUUUUUCUCUCUUUCCACCCCCACCCCAUUUUGGCCGCUGUGCAGCUCUUGUGCAGGGCUAGACAUUCCCGAAGGGGGGGUGGACAUGUGUCUUGGAGUUUCUCUUGGGGGCUCCUGAACGGGACACACAAAAGCAGCACCCUCUGCGGCUCAUGAAAGCAGCGGUUCACUCUGUGGGCAAAGGGGCCACCUCAGCUGGAUGCUGGACUUCGCCUGCGGAGAUCCAGGUUCGAAUUCCCCACCCCUUGGCUGCAAAGUUGGGGGUGCGGCCUGGGCCCAUGGCGCUUGCCAAGAACCAAAAGGCUUGCGGGCUGGAGUGGGGGGACGAGAAGGAAAGUGGAGUUUGUUCUGUGGAGGAAGUGGGGUGUGUGAGAAAUGCGAGGAUUUGGCCACAGCCCAUGGCGUCACACCUGGGGGGUGUAGUGGUGGGGGGCUGGUGUGCCUGCCAUGGCUCCCUCCCCAGAGCAGUCAAGGGAGCUGGAGGAAAAGAACCCAACUGAGCCCGAAAAGAGAGGUACAGCUAUCUAGUCCUGAGGCUUUGAGACUGGAGAGGCAGUGUGGUGUCGUGGUUAAGAGCGGUGGACUCGUAAUCUGGGGAACCGGGUUUGCGUCUCCGCUCCUCCCCAUGCAGCUGCUGGGUGACCUUGGGCCAGUCACACUUCUCUGAAGUCUCUCAGCCCCACUCACCUCACAGAGUGUUUGUUGUGGGGGAGGAAGGGAAAGGAGAAUGCUAGCCACUUUGAGACUCCUGAAGGGGGGUGAAAGGCGGGAUAUCAAAUCCAAACUCUUCUUCUUCUUCUUUCCGGGGGGUGGGGCUGUGGGAUUCUGCCUGGUGGGUUUUUCCUCCUGUCCCCUUGCACUGAGGAAGGGGCAGUGAGGGUGGCAAAGCAGACUUGACUUUCUUCCUCUUGGUCCUAAGGCUUAAGCCCAAAACAUCUGAGAAGCUUCUGGACAGUCAAGCCUGCUGAACUUUAUUGUAUCAAGAAGUGGGUGCUGAGCCCGGCUGCAUUUUGCUCUGCCUUAUUUCUCUCUCUCUCCCACUGCCCCCAGCCCGGAAGCAGAAGCUAAAUCAGGGUUUGCCAAACUUAGGCCCCCAGCUGCUUUUGGACUACAGUCCCCAUCAGCCCUGCUAGCCAGGGAUGAUGGGAGUUGUAGUCUAACAACAGCUGGAGACCUAGGUUUGAGCUAAAUGAAAGGCAUGUAGUUAAAGAGCGCAGGGAUCCUGGGCGCAUUUACUUGUGAGUAAGUUCCCCCCAGUGUGCUCUGGGCAGAACUUGGUUGCAUAUAACCCGCUGGUUUCCAUAGGCUUAAAAGGUAAAGGUAAAGGGACCCCUGACCAUUAGGUCCAGUCGUGGCCGACUCUGGAGUUGCGGCGCUCAUCUCGCCUUACUGGCCGAGGGAGCCUGCGUACAGCUUCCGGAUCAUGUGGCCAGCAUGGCUAAGCCGCUUCUGGCGAACCAGAGCAGCGCACAGAAACGCCGUUUACCUUCCUGCCAGAGUGGUACCUAUUUAUCUACUUUGACGUGCUUUCGAGGGACCGAGCAACGGGAGCUCACCCCGUCGCGGGGAUUCAAACCGCCGACCUUCUGAUCAGCAAGUCCUAGGCUCUGUGGUUUAACCCACAGCGCCACCUGCAUCCUUAGGCUUACUUACAAGUAAACAUGCCUCGAAUCGGAGUCAGUUUCUAUUUAGAGGAAGAGCAUGGCCUGGACAGCAAUGAAAGGAGGCGCUGCAGCUGCCUGUGGAGCCCUUUGAAAGAGCACUUGCCUUUGCAUUUUCCUCUCCGGGGGAUGUCAAGUGGCUGUGAAGCAUUUCGCAUCUUCCUUCCAUGCUGCUAACUAACCAGGAAGGAGUGGGGGGUUGAGGUGGAGAAAAAUAAGUCUUCCUCUUGUUUUGCAAGAAUAGGAGGCCUUUUGAGCAGCCCACCCCCACCCCUCCAGAUUCUGGAUAGGACCCCCACACACACACCUCCAUCCUCCUCCUUCCUUGCCUCCCAGUUGUUAUUUAUUUAUUCGAUUUAUAUUCUGCCCUUUAUCCAAAGAUCCCAGGGCAGUGUACCACAAUAAGAACACAUUUUACAGAGCAUCAGUAAUCGAAACCUGAUAAAAAGCAUAACAGGCAGCAUAAUACCAAAUCAAUCAUAAUAACAGAUUUGUCUUCUGCAAGACCCAGAACAAACAGGGGAGUGGGGGGCUGGAUUUUGCCUUGGAGCAGCAUAUUUGGGCUGCGGGUACUUUGCCCUCUUAAAAACGCAGCUAUUUGUUCUUUCUCUCCAUUUCGAUCAAAACCAGUAUGGCAGUGGCCAGGUGGGGUGAAAAGGCAGCAUUCCCAAGGAUAGUGCCGGGCUGUGGUUGUGGCACCUACUGGGUGCAGAGUAAAGGAGCUAUUGGGACGGGUCCACAGUGAUGUGCAGCCAGUGAGCCAGUGCGCCUGGCAGUUAACCAGAAGGUUGCUGUUUGGAGCCCAACCAUGGAUGGUUGCACCGGGCAAGAGACCUGCGUUGCCAGGGGUUGGAUCCUACCAUUCUAUGAACUGGUACUUGGAAAUGCAGCCAGUUCUGGGGAAGAGCUCGGCUCAGCAAUGGCAACAACAACAUCCCGAGAUGCUUGCGCUUUGGAAAACAGAAGUGGAUGAGGACGCAUGAGGAGAAGGGAGGGGAACUUGUGAUCUCGCUUGGCCGCUGGGCUUCAGUGAGACGGGAAGCGCUGGGCCAGCCAGCCACUCUCAGGGUGAAGCUCUGCUUUAGUUGGGGGCAGUCAGUGCGCCAAGAGGGAACCCAUUUGCCUCUGGGUAAUGAACCCUGGCCGGGACGUGGGUGGCACUGUGGGUUAAACCACAGAGCCUAGGACUUGCCGCUCAGAAGGACGGCGGUUCGAAUCCCCGUGACGGGGUGAGCUCCCGUUGCUCGGUCCCUGCUCCUGCCAACCUAGCAGUUCGAAAGCACGUCAAAGUGCAAGUAAAUAAAUAGGUACCGCUCUGGCGGGAAGGUAAACGGCAUUUCCAUGCGCUGCUCUGGUUCGCCAGAAUCGGCUUAGUCCUGCUGGCCACAUGACCUGGAAGCUGUACGCCAAUAAAGCGAGAUGAGCGCCGCAACCCCAGAGUCGGCCACAACUGUACCUAAUAGUCAGGGGUCCCUUUACCUUUACCUUAAUGAACCCUGGCCCUGGUGUAAGGAUGAGGGGUCCCUUGGUGUUCCUGGCCCCCUGGCCCCUCCUGCCGCUUGGCUGGUCUGAGUGGGCAUUAGCCGUCCAGGGAGGGGUCUUUCCUUCUCCUGGUGGGGUUUCCUGUAUCUCAAAGCCAUGUUAAUUCACUAGGCUUCUCCUCUCUCCUCUCUCCAGCCAUUGCAGGGCAGCAGCAGAUAUUUCCUCUCUUUGUUCCUGCUGGACAUCAAAGGUUGGGGGGGGGGAGAGAGACUGGGCUGGCUCCUCCCCACUUGUUAAACCUUCAUAAGCCAGGAACUCACCUUGGCUCCAAGCUGAGUCUUUCCUCCUUUGUGUGUUUGGGUCUAGACUCCUGCAACUAUCCUCACACAUCUCUCUGGCUCCUUCCAGCACCUGGGAAGAUGCAAGCUGGACCAGGUAGGUGCUGAGCCUUCCUGGAUUUCUUAAGCCCCAGAGGGGAGAGGAGGGAAGCUGUGUCCGCCUGGCUUGCUAGGUUAGUUGUGGUGACUUUCUGGACAGUAGGAACAGACCAAAGCCCCACCAGUCAGGCUGCGCUCUUGUAUUGAUUGCCUCUCCUGGAUUGGGACCUGAGUGUGUUUUAUCUCACGAAGUGUGGGCAGCCUGCUGUCUCCAUGCCACUCUCCCCACACAAACCGUGGGGCAGGACUGCAUUGAGGAAAACCUGAUUUUAAGGAAAUAUCAACCAUCUGACUUUCUGAAGACAUCCAAAGGGAAGUUGUUAAUGUUUGAUGUUGUGUUCUGUUUUAAUUUGUUGGAAGCUGAGUGGCUGAGGAAACCCAGUCAGAUGGGCUGUAUGUAUGUAUGUACGUAUGUAUGUAUGUAUGUAUGUAUUAUACCCCACCCCAGUCUAAACAACUCUUCUUCUGCACCCCCAUCCAACAAGCGGGCUUCAUUCUGCCUCUUUGUGGGUCUCCCAGGUGGUCAGAAAGGCCUCCUGAACUUUUAUUUCUGUUCUGGAGCUCAGAUGCGCUUGCUCCAAACCGCACUUGCUUAGCAGAGGGUCAGAAACUUCUCCUGGCACCUUCAGUGGUAACCAAAUCUGUUCCAACAGCAGGCUGUCACUGGUGAAAUGCUUCAUGGUGUAACUCCGUGACUAUGCUGAAGGCAAGUUUUUAGUGCGUGGUGUUGUGUUGUGUUUUUAUUAUUUUUUGUUUUUAUCAUGCUCCAUAGCAAAUGCUCUGCCAAUGUAAGGAGACAUAUGCUAGGGGUGAAGGACAUUGUCCCCAGUGACCCCAAAUGGUCCCCCAGUUGCCAGGCUGCCUUGCCAUUUGGGCUGAAGGCUUUGCUUGUUUGGGGGGAAUCUGUUGGUUGGGGGCUGUUUGCUUCUUUGUGGCUCAACCUGGGGAAAGUGUGUGUGUGCUUUGCUUGUCUAUCAGGGGCCGGCAGAUGCCUCUUAAUGGGGGGUUGGGAGGGAGGCAGAAGCAGGGACUUAUAGGAGGUUCAGCUGAAAACUUUGGGGAUUUUCCUCCCAUUUUUUAAUCUAUUUUUUAAUCAACAACUAAUAUAUCCGCCAAAGGCACUCUUUUUGUGAUUUAUUCCACAAUUCUUUCAUUUUACACCACAUCGAGCUACAGUCUAGCCACAAAUUGAAGAGAGAUUGGCAUAUGUGCCAAACAAAUAAGACACACACACAUCCUACACCCCUUGAAAGCGUUUUCGUUGCGACGAUUUGAUGAAAUCGGUUGCUCCUCUAGAUCGAGAAAGUGUUUCAGAACUUGCGGCUUCUUGAUCAAUGGGCAGUGCUUCAUGCCAGCCCAAAUAACGUUCUGUCAAACUCUGAAACUUGCUUCCUGCCAGGCGCAAUUGCCCCCAUCUUUUGCAAAAAGAACCGGUGCCACCACUCAGCAUGGUUGAGCAAAUGCCACAGCGCCAGCCUCUUAAAUGUCCCAGGUAUUUGAAGAGAAGCAGCCCCGUUAUCUUAAUUCCUUGCAGAAUGUGCUGCAGUUGCCUUGCACAGAAGUCUCUCUUUUUGGAGCCCUGGGCUCUGCCUCACAAUUCCCCUCUCUGCCACUGCUUUUGCUGUACCACCAGAACUUAUCCUGUACCUGCCCUGCCAGCUUGCUUGCAGGGAACCCGCCCCCCCUCUUGCCCAUGGCCCAGAGCCAUCCGUUCUGUGAAACCCACCUCCCUUCCUCUCUUUAAGGAGAAGCAGUUUGCGAUCAGUGGGGGACAAACAUCCUCCUUUGCUCAAAAGUUUUCGUGGCUCCUUUCAAGUCCCUGCUGGAGGAGAUGGAGCCUAGUCUGGCAAGGAGAUGUUAACGGUCCACAGCAAAGUGGGUGUCACUUCUGCAGGAGUCCAUUAAUGCUUAAUCAAAGCAGGAAAUUGAUGGGGAACUGCAGGGUUUGUUUUGCCCUUUGGGGCUGCCUGCGAAUUGGAAGCUGGUUUUGCUGUUUGUCCUUAAGAGGUUCACCGAGACAAACUAAGCACUUCUGCACCCUCUCUCUGGUUGACAGGGAAGUUAACUAAGCAAAGAAUCCUGAUUCUUAAAAUGUUGUUGUUGUUGUCGAUCUUAAAAUGUUUUCCCCUACUUAGUUCAGCUGGUGGCUUCAGGAUUGCUAUCUAUCUCAAAUCCCCACCCCCAUAUCUUUCUUAAAUUGUUUUGGUUUUUUAAAAAAUCAUUUUAAUGUAAUUAUUUUAUAUUUCCCACUUUUUUUGUAAUAUUUUCCAUUGGUUUUAAUUCUACAUUUAAUACUGUACUUAAUGCAUUAUACUUUAUGUGCUGUUUCCUCCCUCCCUUCUCUACUGGUUCUUGACCGAUAUAUAGAUAGAUAGAUAGAUAGAUAGAUAGAUAGAUAGAUAGAUAUGGUUUUGUUCUUGGACUCCAGCUCCCAUCAGCCCCCUAGAAAGCAGAGCCAAUUGUAAAUUAUGAUGGGAGUUGAAGUUUUUUAUCUAUCCCCCAUGCUCCCAAACAACAAAAAACCCCACCCUUUUUCAAAAGACGGUUUGGGGACAGGUGGUUUACUAUUCCCCCACCACAGCCACCCUCUAAUUUCUCCUUUGAACAGCUUGGAUAGCUCAAUGGGUUAGAUUGUGUUGCUGGAUAACACCAAGGUUGUAGGUUCGAUCCUGAAAUGGACAGCUGCAUAUUCCUGCAUUGAAAUGGGUUGGACUACGAGAUGAUCCUCAGGGUCCCUUCCAACUCUAUGAUUAUAUGAAAACCCUAAAGAAAUGUGUUUGGUGUUCUUGCUGGCAAUGCCCAUGGCUCUCUCUGGGUACCAGCCACAGCGGAGUUUAGCAGCUUAAGCAAAAAAUAUCCACUAAGCAUUAAAAGUUGGAAGGGCAGCAGAGUCAACCUUCAGGGGGCAGGCAGAGCUUGGGGGAAGACUUCCUUCCGCUGGAAGGCACAGCAUUUGGGGGUGCUGGGGGGGGUUCCCCUAUGCUGGAUAAUGUUGGAAGCUUUUCUCAAAGUCUAGGGUGAUUCCAGCCGGCUUUGCUUCUUUUAACAAAAGCAACCAGCACCCUAAACUCUUUAACACAUUUAUGGUGGCCGACAUUUUCACGGACUGGUCCAUGACAGCUGAAGCCAUCCAAAAUUUCUUCGUGGUCCCCCCCCUCCCCAAAGUGCCGGUUCUGUCUUUUCUCUCCAUCCAAGAUGCCAAACCUCUUCCCAAAUCUUUGGAGGCCUCGUCUCCUCACAGCUCCAUUGCGGUCACCCUCGAGGAUGUGGACCUGUGGAUGAAGUUCCAUCAAGUAGGAACAGAGAUGAUCAUCACCAAAUCUGGACGGUGAGCUGAACCCUGUUCUGUGCCCUUUUGAAUCUCUGUUUCUUCGGGGCUUAGAAAGUCGCCCUUGCCAAGGGGACGGGGCAGCACCUCCUCAGGUGAUCACACCCUCACAGCUUUGCUUCAGGCAACCCCCACUUUCCCAACCUCCAGAUGUUCAGGGGCUACAGCUCUCUCCAGCCUCAGGAUCAUACAGCUGGAGCUGAUAGGAAUUGGCCAAAACAUCUGGAGGGCACCAGGCUAUGGAAGGCAGACUUCAAAGUGCAUUGUCCUUCCCUGGUUUCCUAGAAGUUUCUUCAUAUUGUCAUUUCCUUAUGAAUUUGGAUGAAAGUAGUAGCGCUGUGGGUUAAACCACAGAGCCUAGGGCUUGCCGAUCAGAAGAUCGCGGUUCGAAUCCCCGCGACGGGGUGAGCUCCCGUUGCUCGGUCCCAGCUCCUGCUGACAUCCAACGCCCUUUAAAAAUGUGUUGGGGAGCGGGGGGAGGGAAUUAUUGGGUUGUUUUUGUUUUUAUUAUGUCUUUCAUAUAUUUAAUAUGGUGGUUUUGUCUUGUCAACCGCCCUGAGACCUGCAGGUACAGGGCGGAAUACGAAUGUAAUUAUCAAUCGAUCAAUCAAAACAGCUUCUUCCGUUCCUGAUUUCAGAAUCCCAGCCUCCAUUUCAGUUCAUUCUUUUCAAAAUUAUUUUGGCAAGAUGAUGAUGAUGAUAAUGAUGAUAAUAAUAAUAGUAAUGAUAAUUUAUUAUUUGUACCCCGCCCAUCUGGCUGGGUUUCCCCUGCCACCCUGGGUGGCUUCCAACAAAGACCAAAAAUACACUAAAAUGUCACACAUUAAAAAUUUCCCUGAACAGGGCUGCCUUCAGAUGUCUUCUGAAUGUCAAGUAGUUGUUUAUCUCUUUGACAUCUGAUGGGAGGGCGUUCCACAGGGUGGGAGCCACUACCGAGAAGGCCCUCUGCCUGGUUCCCUGUAGCUUUGCUUCUCGCAAUGAGGGAACUGCCAGAAGGCCCUCGGAGCUGGACCUCAGUGUCCGGGUAGAACGAUGGGGGAGGAGACGCUCCUUCGGGUAUACUGGGCCAAGGCCAUUUAGGGCUUUAAGGUCAACACCAACACUUUGAAUUGUGCUUGGAAACGUACUGGGAGCCAAUGUAGGUCUUUCAAGGCCGGUGUUAUGUGGUCUCGGCAGCCGCUCCCAGUCACCAGUCUGGCUGCCGCAUUCUGGAUUAGUUGUAGUUUCCGGGUCACCUUCAAAGGUAGCCCCACGUAGAGCGCAUUGCAGUAGUCCAAGCAGGAGAUGGAACAGAUGCCUAUUUAUACUUAGCCGAGUAGGCAGACACUGACUGUAGGUCAGAUCCUGCAAAACUCCAGUGCCACAAACCCCAAAGGAUGCAGUUUGUCCAUCACCCUUUCCAGGGGAAGGGCUCCUUUCUUGGGAGCUGCCCUCCCCACUGUCCACAAAUAGGCCUCUGGGCAUCUUUCUUGGUCCCGCUGGGCUCUGGGCCCCCUUUCUUCCUUGCCAGGGGUAAGAGGAAACCCUCCCGGCUGCAGCUUGAUUCUGGAAGUUGAGGGCAGGGGCUUACUCUAGAGGAGACCCACAGCAUAGCCAUCUUUCUUGCAGCACUUGUGCCAUUCCAUUAAAUAAAUCUGGUCGGCUUCAAAUCCAAAGUCAACAGCAAGAAGGCAAUCUGAACAUUAUAAACCUGAGAUGCAUCCUAUAGAAAUGCCCAAUAAGAACCUGUUGAGUCUAAACAGAUUUUAGGAGGAGCUCCUGCAGGGGUUCCUGGGCUUCAGGACAGGAGAGGUCCUGUCACCCACCCAUAAUAUCCCUCUUUCAAGUCCUCCUUAGUUUCCCAGCACUUUUUUAAAAAAGUUUUUUAUUCAAAAUUAAAGCAAGACAUAUUAUCCAGAAACAUAUCAUCCUUAUUUCCCCCCUUUUUUCCUCCCUCCCCCUCCCUCCCCCCACAGAACCCACCCACCCCCACCCCCACCCCCACCCGACUUCCUUCAGUUCCAGUCUUUGGUUUCUCUGAGAGUGCUGUUUUCUGCAUGUUACAAAGUUGUAUAGAUCCUCAAACUAUUUAGCUGAUCAUUAUCAAUAAAAAGUUUGUGAAUGUUUAUUCAAAACCUGCCAAGGAGUCCAGUUCACUUUGUUGCGUCUUCAGAUACUUUGUAAAGGGUUCCCAUUCAUCCUUCAAGUCACAGUUAUCCUUGUCCCGUAGCUUAUAUGUCAGUUUUGCCAGAUCUGCAUAGUCCAUCAAUUUUUCUUGCCAUGAUUCUUUAGUUGGGGUUUCUUCAGUCUUCCAUCCUUGUGCUAUGAGAACUCUUGCAGCCGUUGUUGCAUACAUGAAGAUGUUUUUCAACUUUUUUGGCAGGUCUUUCCCUACAAUCCCGACAAAAAUGCCUCAGGUUUUUAAACAAAUGUUAAAUGGAACAUUUUCUUCAAUUCAUUAUAUAUCAUUUCCCAAAAUUUUUGAAUUACAUUACAAUCCCACCACAUAUGAUAAAAUGUCCCUUCCUUUUCCUUACACUUCCAACAUAUAUUUGAACUAGUUUUGUACAUUCUGUACAUUUUCCCUACCUGCACUGGUGUUGUGUACCAUCUAUACAUCAUCUUCAUGUAAUUCUCCUUCAAUAGGGAACAAUCUGUAAAUUUUAAAUCAGUUUUCCAUAAUUUUCCCCAAUCUUCCAUCCUAAUGUUGUGACCUACAUCUUGUGCCCAUUCCCAGCACUUUUAAAACAAUGAUGAGGCCUAGAACCUUGAUCUAAAAGAAACUGGGACCUUAUUUCCCCUGCGGCUGCACAAGCCAUGAGCCCAGCUUUGAAGCCAAGUUUCUUCUGGUCAAAGCUGAGACUGGCCUGAGGGCACAGAGGUAGUUCAUGUUCUUUCUCGGUUGCUGCUCUCCCCUACCCCCUCCGAAAAGCUUCAUCCUGGAGAGUCCAGCAUAAACAGGGCCAUCUUUCCUCCUCUCCACAGGCGGAUGUUUCCCCAGUGCAAGAUCAAAGUUAUGGGCUUGAUCCCCUAUGCGAAGUAUCUCAUGCUGGUGGACUUUGUGCCAAUGGACAGCUUCAGGUACAAGGUAAAGGCUUUCCCCGGUUUCUGGGUGUGAUCCAGGCUCCUUCUAACUGGUUUAACAGAUUAAGGGUCCAGCAAUUAGGCAGAUUCCUUCUGAUAAAAGUGCUCUGGUGUGUAUUCCUCCUUUGCCAGUCUAAGGGUCCCCCAGUUGCUUUGGGCGGGUGUGCAGGCAAGCAAGGGCUGGUGGGGCCUGUAGUCCAAAAUAUCUGGAGGUCUCCAGGUUGACAAAGGCCGUUGUCUGACUGGAUUUGUUUUGUGGAGCAUUUUAGGCAUGUCUAUUGGGGUAGGGGGUGGGAUGCGGGUGGUGCUGUGGUCUAAACCACAGAGCCUCGGACUUGCCAAUCAGAAGGUCGGCGGUUCAAAUCCCCGUGUCGGGGUGAGCUCCCGUUGCUCGGUCCCAGCUCCUGCCAACCUAGCAGUUCGAAAGCACGUCAAAGUGCAAGUAGAUAAAUACUUCCGGCGGGAAGGUAAACAGCAUUUACGUGCGCUGCUCUGGUUCACCAGAAGAGACUUAGUCAUGCUGGCCACAUGACCUGGAAGCUGUACGCCGGCCCCCUCGGCCAAUAAAGCGAGAUGAGCGCCGCAACCCUAGAGUCUGUCACGACUGGACCUAAUAGUCAGGGUCCCUUUACCUUUAUUGGGGUAGGGGAAGCAGCAGUCAAAUGGAAACAUGUUGAUAAAAAUAGGUUGUGAGAAGGAAAUCUCCAUCAGGCUUCAGAUUACAGUGGUACCUCAGGUUACAGACACUUCAGUUUACAGACUCUGCUAACCCAAAAAUAGUACCUCGGGUUAAGAACUUUGCUUCAGGAUGAGAACAGAAAUUGUGCUCUGUUGGCGCGGCGGCAGCGGGAGGCCCCAUUAGCUAAAGUGGUGUCUCAGGUUAAGAACAGUUUCAGGUUAAGAACGGACCUCCAGAAUGAAUUAAGUUCUUAACCUGAGGUACCACUGUACUGGAAAGAAGAUUCCAGCUAAAGAACUUUCUGAAUUUUUAAGAACUUUCUGGUUUUCAAGCAGAGGUUGGGCCAUCUGUCAUGGAUGCUUUAGCUGAGAUUCCUGGACUAGAUGACCCAUGGGGUCCCUUCAAACUCUACAAUUCUAUGGGUCUAUCUUUGGGCUCCUGAGGGCUCAGGCCUGGAAAGGUUGAAGCAGCAGCAUCUGCAGCACCGGGAACCUGGACCUCAGCUGCUUGUUCAGCCGAACCGCUCUUCUUCCUCCAUGGGAGGGGGGUCCUCCAUGGCCAGCGGACCCCCACCCCACCCCCAAGCUCUUCAGGAUGAUCGUGGGAUCACUUCAGGAGUGAUCCCACAGUUCAAGCAGUGACCUGGGAAGUGAAUGUGGCGGGAAAUGCUGGGGAGGUCUGUUCAUCUUUUCUCUUCCUCAUCUCCCAGUGGAACAAGGACCAGUGGGAAGUUGCUGGGAAGGCGGAGCCGCAGCCUCCCUGUCGGACGUACGUCCACCCCGACUCCCCUGCCCUGGGCAGCCACUGGAUGAAAGAGCCCAUCUCCUUUCAGAAGCUCAAGCUGACCAACAACACCCUGGACCAGCAUGGCCACGUAUGUCAAGAGAGGGCUGGGGAGACGGGAGGGAGUUUGUGCAGCGAGACAUUAGGCGAAAUUGGAGGUGAGGGUAAGGAGAGGAGGGGGGAGGCCUGAGGCAGGUGAAAGCCCCUCAUUGGGGCUGCAAGAGAGUAGGGCAUGUCCGGGGAUAAUUCAGACUGAAAUUCCCAGGUGUCAAAAAAGGUUAUUGAUGUAUGCUACUACUGCGGCCCGUGUUUUGUUAGCCCAAAAAUGGAAAACGAGUGAGGUCCCAACUAAAGAAGAAUGGCAACUUAAGUUGACAGAAUAUGCACAACUUGCAGAUUUAACAUGUAGAGUAAGAGAGCAAGAGGAACAUACGGUUAGAAAAGAUUGGAAAACGUUUAUUGAAUAUAUGGGAAAUAACUGUGUACAGCUGAAAACGUUGGCAGUGUUAAGAUAGAUUCAACAGUGUAAAUAAGUUUUGAUGGAUGUAAUAAUGGAAUACUGAAUGGUAUAAUUUCUGUAAAAUAUGCAGGGGUUUAUGAUAUGUGAAACGAACCAUGGAAAGAGAAGGGAAGUGACUGAUAUCUUAAGGAUGUAAAAAUGAGUGCUUUAAAUUGUAAAACGGAAUAUUUAAUAAAAAUUAGAUUUAAAAAGUAGGGUGUGUUUGCCCCUCUGCUGCUGCUCUUAGGUGGAAUCUACAGACAUAAAAAAACGCUGUGAAAAUGCCUUAAUUGAAAAAAAAAUACAUUGAAUUUGGCAUAGCUCACUGUCGCCAUCUAGUGUCGCAUUUGUAUAUUGCACUUCACAACACAUUUAAAAUGUUUUAUUUGCCGCUGUACUUUAAUGGCACGUAAAAUCAGACCGGACAAGGAUUUGAUUUUGCCUUAAGCAAAGCUUCCUGGCUCCCCUUGCACAAAACUGCUCUCUCGUUCUCUCUCUCUCUGGGCCCCCCCACAAUUGCACGAUGGCAAGCCCCCCUUGACGUUCAGCUUCAGACACUGGCUGAGGUGCUCCCUUCCCACCGAAGGAGGCUUCCUGACUGCAUCACUUCCUCCGUGUCUCCCUCCAGGUCAUUCUCCACUCCAUGCAUCGCUAUAAGCCUCGCUUUCACGUCAUGCAGGCAGACAACCUCUUCAGCACCCACUGGAGCGCCUUCCAAACCUUCAGCUUCCCAGAGACAGUCUUCACCUCCGUCACGGCAUACCAGAACGAGAAGGUGGGCAGCAAAGGGUCAGCUGGGCCCUCUCCCUGAGCCUCUGCUACAAAAGCUGUGGAGGGCUGUGGCUGUUGCUGCUCGUGGACACAGCAGGGCUCCCCAAGUAUUAGGGGGCCUAUAUUCAAAACGGAGGGGAGUCUUCAACCUGGAGCAUGUUCUGCAGGACACCAGCCAGCCCUGAUCUCACGCAGCCCUUCCUGGCAGCACAUGUCCCCACAACACAUUUUGCACAGAGCAGCUGCCUUAAAAUCUCUGUAGACCCAGGGCCUAGUGGCCGUACAUACGGUGACAGCUCCCUGCAGGAUCCUCUUGCCUCUUGCUCUCUGAGCCAAGCUGCUGAAGGACAGGCACCCCACACAGGUGGGGAAGAGGGGGCACUCUGGCCUGCAAAGAGGGGCAAACUAGGCUGGGUUCUGCAGGUCUCUUGGGACUUUCUUGAAAUUUCUCUGCAAAGGUUGGGGAGAAGAAGAGGCAGCUCUCUGGUCCUCAACCAAGUUGGAAAGGCAAGAUCCCAAACGUGGGGCAGGGCAGGGCGAUAACAGAGAUGGGUGUUUGGUCUAACGCUAGACUCUUGUCUCUUUUUCCAGAUCACAAAACUCAAGAUCUACAACAAUCCAUUUGCUAAAGGCUUCCGAGAACACGGGAAGAACACCCGCAGGUGGGCCAAGGGCUGGCUUGGGUGCCUUCCUGGUGACAACAGCCGUCACCAGUGGAGAAUGGCCUGGUGGGUCGUAUCCUGCAUGUGUGGGUGGGUUUUUUUGGGGUGGGGGGUUCUGUCUCACAAUGGGAGACCUGUUGAAAUGCCAACUUUCAGGUAAAGGCAAAGGGACCCCUGACCAUUAGGUCUAGUUGUGGCCGACUAUGGGGUUGCGGCGCUCAUCUCGCCUUAUUGGCUGAAGGAGCCGGCGUACAGCUUGCGGGUCAUGUGGCCAGCAUGACUAAGCCGCUUCUGGCGAACCUGAGCAGCGCACAGAAACACAAUUUACCUUCCCGCCGGAGCAGUACCUAUUUAUCUACUUGCACUUUGACGUGCUUUCAAACUGCUAGGUUGGCAGGAGCAGGGACCGAGCAACGGGAGCUCACCCCAUCGCGGGGAUUCGAACCGCCAACCUUCUGAUCGGCAAGUCCUAGGCUAUGUGGUUUAACCCACGGGACCUGCCCUUUAAAACGCACAGUUGUGACUGUCCCUGCAUGACAAAGAAGAAGAUCUUACGCCAUUUUAAGGCAUCUGUGGCAAGCCCAGGGCCCUACCCUGCUCCUCAUCUAGCAGGGGUUUGGAAGGUCCAAUCUAGAGAGUUGCAAAACGCCUACCAUUGACUGCUCUUUCCUCAGAGAGGGAAAAGUUCAGAAAAACAGUUCAGCCAAAGGUCAGAAGAGGACAUUGAUGGAAGGACCCACACUUGGCGUGGAGGAACCAGGUAACAAACAACAACCCUGCCAGGUAUUGGGUAGAUGCAUCACCUGCCUUGAUUGCCCCCCCAAAACAAAACCCACAAACAGGGCACCCGGCAUUUGGCUGACUUUACCGAGAGCUUGGCAGGUUUUUAUGGGCCACAGUGAGGUGCAAAGAUGCAAUGUUUUCCUUCCUCAAAAUGUGAGCCGGUUCAUACACCGGCCUGCAUUCGCUACUACAGAUAAUUUAUUUCAACAGCAAAUGUAUUUGCAUUUGGAAAAAAAUUACAGUGGUACCUUGGUACUUGAAUGCCCUGGCUCCCAAACAAAUUGGCUCCAGAACGUCGCAAACCCAGAAGUAAGUGCUCCAGUUUGCAAAAGUUUUUCAAAAGCCAAACAUCUGACGCGGCUUUCGCUUAAGUGCAGGAAGCUCCUGCAGGCAAUCGGAAGCCGUGCCUCAGUUUUUGAACGUUUUUGGGAGUCGAAAGGGCUCCCGGCACAGAUUAAGUUUGAGAACCAAAGUACCACUGUACAGCUGAUCAUGCAGAUGGCGGAACCAAAAGGCUGCUCAGAAACCCCUGCAAUGUGCUGUCAUCCAUUCUAUAUCUGGCUCCCCAUUUCCAAAGCAUGCUACAGGUGUGCUGGAGGCUGGAGAUGGAGCAAUGGGCAGAAAAGGAACCACUAGUGACUUAACAGGACUUACUUUUCAAAAACCAAACUGGUUCUGCUUUCUUUCUAGUAGCUACAGGUAGAAAUAAUUCAAUGGCAGACCCAUCCAUGCUCUGCUCUUCCCCACCCCUAAAAAUAAAAAAUACACAGCUUGUAUAAGUUAUGCAGACUGUCUCGCCAGAGUGGUGCAUGCUCUAGUUAUCUCCCACUUGGACUACUGCAAUGCGCUCUAUGAGGGGCUACCUUUGAAGGUGACCCGGAAACUACAACUAAUCCAGAAUGCAGCAGCUAGACUGGUGACUGGGAGCGGCCACCAAGACCAUAUAACACCUGUCUUGAAAGACCUACACUGGCUCCCAGUACGUUUCCGAGCCCAAUUCAAAGUAUUGGUGCUGACCUUUAAAGCCCUAAACGGCCUCGGCCCAGUAUACCUGAAGGAGCGUCUCCACCCCCGGACACCGGGGUCUAGCUCCAAGGGCUUUCUGGUGGUUCCCUCACUGCGAGAAGUGAGGUUACAAGGAACCAGGCAGAGGGCCUUCUUGGUGGUGGCGCCCGCCCUGUGGAACGCCCUCCCACCAGAUGUCAAAGAGAAAAACAACUACCAGAUUUUUAGAAGACAUCUGAAGGCAGCCCUGUUUAGGGAAGCUUUUACCGUAUUUUUUGCUCCAUAGGGCGCACCUGACCAUAGGGCGCACCUAGUUUUCAGAGGGGGAAAUCAAGGAAAAAAAUAUGAUUUCUCCCCCCCCCCCCCCAGCUCUGGGAGCAGCGGACAGGCUGCGCGCAGCCUGUGCGCUUCUCACAAACCUUCUCCCUGCUUUUGCAGGAGGUGGGGGAAUUCCCCCAUCUCCCGCAAAAGCCCACAGGAGCCGCGCACCCUUUAAGGAGUGCACGGCUCCUGCGGGCUUUUCUACGAGGAGGGAGAAGGGACUGACACGGCCUGUGGGCUUUUCUACAAGGUGGGAGAAGGGACUGAUGUGGCCAGUCAGUCCCUUCUCCCUCCUAGGGAAAAGCCCGCAAGAGCCGCACGGAGCUUGUGUGCAGCUCUUGGGGGCUUUUCCCGCCUGCCUCCCCCUGCAUUCGCUCCAUAAGACGCACACACAUUUCCCCUUGCUUUUUAGGAGGGAAAAAGUGCGUCCUAUAGAGCGAAAAAUACGGUAAUGUUUAAUAGGUUAUUAUAUUUUAAUAUUCUGUUGGAUGCCCCCCAGAGUGGCUGGAGAAAACCAGCCAGAUGGGCGGGGUAUAAAUACAUUAUUAUUAUUAUUAUUAGCCAGUAUUUAUUCACUUUCUUAUUUUGUAGAAUUCCUCUGAGUGUGUUAAAUUAGGAAGAGCUGCCACCCAAUCAACACAAGCCAUCUUGUUUGGCCCUCAAGCAUCCCAUUAGCCAUUUUGGUGUGAUUGGCUUAAAAAAAAAGUCUGGGGACCCGAUCUAGAUGGCGGGGGGGGGGCCUUUAAUUAUUUGCCCCCUGCAGUCAUUCCAGUCCAGAUUGGGGUCCUUGAACUGGCACUGGAAAGAAAAGCUCCCAAUGGAGGAACUUCUCCCCCACAGCAAACAGCAGGUGAGCACACACACCUCUACAACAUCUGGAUUAGGCCACACAGCAAAGACCUAAAUCCCCCAACUCCAUGCCAGAGUUUGAGUUUCAGUCACCCCCUGCCCACCGCAUGUCAGUCAUGCAGUUGCCAAGUACUCAAUGGCCAGACACACAAGCUCAGAAUAUUUGCAAACGCUAAUUUAUAUGCAGAUGCAGCUGAACACAAUGGGUGGGCUGCAUGUCUCUGCCUCAACAGCUCUAUGAGAGCAAAGCCAAAAAUGAGGGGAGGGAGGGGAGAUCUGGGGUCUGCCAUAAAAGAUUUAUCCCCCUGGCUAAUGGCAUGAUGGGCACCUUGCCUGGCUUCUGGUUUAUGCCAGCAAGCACCACCCUCCCGUCCAUAGGCAGCUCUCGGCAGCUCUGAGGCCUCCUCAGGUGAGCCCAUGACUCUUCAAGCAGCCUCCACACAGGUGCUGUGUUCAGGUGUAGGCAUCAGACCAGGUAGACGAGGCGGCUUGCAGGUUUUUCUGCUGGGAGAUGGACCUGGUAGAGGAAGAUCUUGACUGUUGGUUUUCUCUGUGUGUCAGAUCUUACGAGGCAUGAAAACAUGGAGGUGAAGGAGGAGAGCUAUGCCAUUCCAGUCGGCAACGGCAGCUACCCCAUCUGGGUCUCGGAGCACAACAGCCACCCUUCCUCCUCUGUCCCUGCAGAGGCUCUGUCUCAGGGGGUGGAGGAGAGUGCAAGGACCACCCAAGAAGAGCAAGUGCCAACACCUCCCCCGCCUCCCUCUUCCUCCUUACAAGCAUACAGGUGAGAGUGGGCUGGGGAGUAGCAUCACUUUGUAGACACUCCUGCCAUAAUGGCCCAUCAGGAUUGUCUCUGUUCCAAGGGGGUGGCUCUUACUGGGUCCCAGAAGCUCAGGCAAGGGCUCUUUAUACUAUUCCACUGAGCAGAUUUGAUUUUCUUCUCUGUGCUUCAAACACACCUGAAACCUUUUUAUGUACCGUAAGAAUGAAAUUUGUAAGCCGCCUUGCUGGGGCGGUGAGAGCCAAAAGGCAGCAGAGAUAUAUUUCUAUAAAUACAGAAACACAGUCAGGGCAAGAGGCAAACACUUUCCCACGAGAUUCCCCUCCGCUGGUGUUCAUUUCCGUUAGCAGUGAACGAAUGAGGAAGCAAUUCCAAAUGUAAAAGCUUUUAAUGGCUGAUUUGGCUGGUUUCCAUGUGGAAAGACGGCCGACAAUGCACAGUGGGUGGUUAGAUGGACGGAUGGGGUGCUGCCCUUGUGGAGUUAAGAGGUUUCUUGGGUGGCAUGACAAGGGACCAAAGCCCCAGGUCACAUUUUUACGCUUUCUCAGAAGAUGCCCACCUGCAGAGACUGCUACCAGGACCCCUGAAAGGUCCUGCUUCUUGAGGUGGGCUCUGCCUUGUUUCCAUCUUCUUCUUGGCUUCUCUUUUAGGUUUCACGAGGCUGGCGAAGGCUCCUUUUCGGGGGCCCUCCGCGACAGAGUAUCUCUCAGUGAAUUCCGAGCCAGACCCCCGCAGCUGGACUUUGCCCCAGUUCCUGAGCAAGACCCCAAACUAGCAGACGGCGGCUUCGCCACCAAUCUCCCCCCACUUCCUGCUACUCUCCCUCCGCAGGACUACUCUGGGAUGGUGGCCAUGGCUGUUGACCCUGCAGGAAAAGCAGGAUCUCGGAGGCCCAUGUACAGCCCCUACACCCCUGACCAAAGCUUCAGCCAGUGGGUGGUUCCUCCACCGACACCCUACCGCCCUAUGAGCUACUCUGGGUUUCCUACAGACUACAGUACGCAGGGGCCCUCAGGCCACCCCCCAGGCACCAUGGCAGACUGGACCCAAUAUUCCUUGUUCCCCUAUGCCUGCUGGUAGAGGGCUAGGAGGAUGACUUGAGGGUAGGGGAGACUUUGUGAGAUCUGCCUUAUACAUUUUGCAAAGAAAGGCUUCUUACCCUUCUCCCCUUUGCAUUUCUCCACCAAAGAGCAGCCAUUCUAAACCCUGGAAAGCUUGUUUGGAGCAUGUGUCAAGACGCUGGCUUGAAAAUUGGGACAGUUGCCAAGACAUACAUCUCCACAUCCACUCCUGCCACCCCAAUCUCCUUCAAUAAAAUGGCAGAAUGUUUCAUUGGUUUUUGAAGCCCAUACACGCCCACACACACACACGAAGAAAGUGCUCUGGGCAGAUCUUUUACCCUUUUCCACCUGACAAGGAAGAGACAGAGCUACCUACAAAGGCACAAAUAUCCAGCAAGAGAAAGGAGGCCUUAUGGAAAAGCUGAAAGGCCUCUAAUCUGUUUGCUGCAGGUAAAACAAUAAAAGCGCCCCCUUUCUCUCUUGUACCCUGCCCCAAAUCCUAGGAUGGGACAACUCUGUUAGGGCAUGGAUCACUGCUAGAGCUGUGAAUACUCCCUACCACUUCUCAGUUCCAGGAGUCCAGGAGCU